UAGGGAGACAUUUAUACAUGCAAUAAAAUGAGUAUAAAUUAAGGAAAUAAUACAUGCAGACAUGAAAGGAACAAAAAAAUCGAUUUACAAGGAUACACUCGAUAUUUGAAGGAGCAUAACAAUAAAGGGACAAACACUCAUACAUACUCAUACGUAAAAUAUGAAACGUCAGCACACAUAGGGACAAACAGAUGUAUGUAUGCAAUACAUAUAGUUGAAGCAAAUUGAAACAAAUGAGAAAAUGAUGACAAUAUUAUGACAAAGAGAUACGGGGGAGGACAAGUGGAGAAUAGUACCUUUGGUAGUGGAAGAUGGUACUUUUUUCGGAAAGGCAAGUGUCCCUAGUAAGUAAGUAACACACAGACACACUUCAGAGAAGAACAAAUAAGGAUAUAAAUAACAUAACAACAACUGUAAUAAAAACAACAACAACAUCCACUGCUAAAUACCAGACACACUCAAUACAAAAGUCCUUUGAGAGAGAGCAUAAAAGCAAAAUCAAUUGAAAAUACACAAGUGUGUAAACGGUAAAAGAACUGAAGAAAAAAAGAAUUUUUGCGAAAAAGUUUAUUUUGUUAAAAAGGAAAAAAGUGGAAAAUUUUAGGAAAAUUAAUAAAAAUUUUAACAAAACAAAUUACUGAAACAUAUUUCUGCGAAAACAUGUAAAUAAAGAAAAUAUAAAGUUUUUACUUCAGCAAAAAAAAUUUGUGUUAAAUUUUUGACGGUAGUUUAGGAGGUGGUGAACUUUAAAACAGGAAAAAAAGGUGUGUAGCUUUAAUCAAAUUUUUCCUCAGCCAGGAAAAAAAAACCCAAGAGAAUGUACAUAAUUGACGCGUGAAGUUGGAAGAAAAAAAGUAGAAAACUUUGAAAAUAUGACUCAAAUAUGUUGGUUGUUAAUUGAACCACCAAUUUUGGAAAAGGCCAAUUAAAUGACACACACUACGACACACAAGCACAUACACAGGAGAAACACAUUUAAGGUCUUUUUCCCAAAAAAAAAAAAAUAUUUAUAAUUAUUACUAAUAGAAAUAAUCAUAAAAAACCAAUACCGCCCAGGGUAAAAUUAAUUACAAGAAAUUAAAUAAAAAAAAAAAUUUAAAUUCUGUAACAAAAGGAAAGAAAGAAGAGAAGAAGAAAUUAAUUUCGAUUGAAAAUUAUUGCUGUCAAAGUGUGUAUGUGUUGCUGGUAUUCAAUAGUUCAACAGCCGGAUUGCCGCAUCUAUUUUAAAAACAUCAAUCGAUAUUGAUAACAAGUAAAAAAAAAAAAACAGAGGACAAAAAGGAACAAAAAGGAGAGUAGAGAAGGAGGAUAAACAACAACAAAUAAAAAAUGGUAACAAUGUCUACAGAAGUGGAUACAACACAAACGACCAUCGCCACAAACAUGUCGAACAAAAUGCCAUCGAUAACAAAUUUGAAUUCAUCUAAUGCAACAACUAUAACAACAACAAAUGGUUCCAUAACGGAAAUUAAUGACGAUACAACAAUACCAAUGAAUAAUGGUUGCAGUGAUAUUGCUAAAGAUGCUUUGGUUGAGGAUAAUAAUUUUAGUAAAAAGGAAACCGUAACGCCACCCAUACUGCCCACUGCAGCAGCAACAGAAACACCACCUUCACCCCAAAAACCCAGUAAAGAGGAACCACCUAAAUCACCAAAACCAACCGCCGAUAUUAGCAACAACAAAUUAAAUCCUCAAAUAACUAUAACAGAGUCAGAAGCUCAAGACAACAGUUCUGGACCCUCAACACCAACGACAGCAGCAGCAGCACCACCACCACCAACAGCAGAAAAUCAAGAUAAGAAAGAUGAUACUAACACCACCACUGUAACCACCAUCACCACCGGCAACAGUAGUCCCACUAAAACUACUGUUAUAAGUACAAAAACGGAGACCAAAAUUCAAGCCUCUCCGGAGAAAACCACUAAACCGACUAAUACAACCGCCGCAUCAGUACAAAAUACUACUACUAUCAACAAUAGCAGUGCUCUAGGUUCUACACCCAACACUAACAUCACCACCGCCACCACCAAUAACAAUUCAAAACCUUCGAGCAAUUCGAAUUCUAUAAAUCAAAAUCUUUUAUCAUCAUCAAUGAAUAAAUCUACAAAUCAAUCGUCACAACAACAGUCUACUGCCCCGGGUUCAUCUUCACAAACUACUGGCAUGGGUUGUUCAUCAGCGUCAUCAUCAGCGGCUGCAGCUGGUAGUCAUCAGAAAAAUAAUCAUCAUACACAUAAUGUACAGUCAACGGUGGUUCAGUCCUCGAAUCAUAAUAAGAAAAAUGAAGAUGCUCCUAAUAUUUUGGUCUAUAAAAAGAUGGAGGCUGUCAUAGAAAAAAUGCAAGCCGAAAGUACUGGCGUCUCAGUGCGCACCGUUAAAGGAUUUAUGACAAAAGUUCCUUCGGUAUUUACGGGUGCCGAUUUAAUAUCAUGGAUAUUGAAAAAUUUAGAUGUAGAAGAUGUUACCGAAGCCCUACAUUUUGCACAUUUAUUGGCAUCACACGGUUAUAUAUUUCCUAUAGAUGAUCAUCAGUUGACGGUGAAAAAUGAUGGAACAUUUUAUAGAUUUCAAACUCCCUACUUCUGGCCCUCUAAUUGUUGGGAACCCGAAAACACAGACUAUGCGGUUUAUUUAUGUAAACGGACUAUGCAGAAUAAAACCCGCCUGGAAUUGGCCGAUUAUGAGGCAGAGAAUUUGGCUAAAUUACAGAAAAUGUUUUCCAGAAAAUGGGAAUUUAUAUUUAUGCAGGCUGAAUCCCAAAGUAAAGUGGCUAAAAAGCGUGACAAAUUGGAGCGUAAGGUUUUAGACUCUCAGGAAAGAGCCUUUUGGGAUGUGCAUCGACCCAUGCCGGGUUGUGUGAAUACUACUGAAAUUGAUAUUAAAAAAGCAUAUCGUCGUGGCUGUUCGAGUCAUGGUACCGGUUCGGCCGGGGCAGCAGUUACGAAAAAUCCUAUAGAACAAUUAACACGUAUUAUAACGUUGCGUAAGCAGAAAUUAGAACGUCGUACUAUAAAAGUAUCAAAAGCAGCGGAAGCAUUGGUAUCUUACUAUGAGCAAUAUAAUGAAUUUGAUUACUUUAUAACCUCACCGGAAUUGCCCAAUCCUUGGCAAACUGAUAGUACCGAAAUGUGGGAGGCCGAGAAAAAUAGCAAAGAGGUGCCCAUGCGUCGAGUCAAACGUUGGGCCUUUAGUAUGCGUGAGUUAUUGAAAGAUCCCAUGGGCCGUGAACAAUUUGCCAAGUUUUUGGAAAAGGAAUACAGUUAUGAGAAUUUACUUUUCUGGGAAGCGGUUCAAGAUAUGAAAGCUUUGCCUCAAUCUGAAAUCAAAGAAACCAUACAGCGUGUAUGGAAUGAAUUUCUAGCACCCGAUGCUCCUCGCGCCGUAAAUGUGGACUCUAAAUCGGUAGAAUUAGCCAGAGAAGCGGUAAAUUCUCCCAAUGGCCCCAAUCGCUGGUGUUUCGAUGUGGCAGCCGCUCAUGUUUAUCAUCUAAUGGAAAGAGAUUCUUAUCCCCGCUAUUUACGUUCCGAUAUGUACAAGGAUUAUAUCAAUUGCUCACGCAAGAAGGUCAAGUCUAUACCAAAUCUAUUUGGAGUGAAACGCUGAAGUGUAGUUCCCGCGGUUGGUACAACAACCGCGGCUCAUUCCUCAUCCCUAUCAUCACAAGGCGGCCAGGGGGCAGGAGGAGGAGGUGGUGGAUCAGGAGCCAGUACCUCCUCAGCUGGUACUAGUCAUUCACAACAACAUGCCCAUCAUCAUCACAGAUCAUCAUCAUAAAUUUUCAUUGAAACACAAUAGUAGAAAUCAAGAAAUCAAGAGCCAGGAAUUGUAGGGUAUAAAAAUGGAUCUCCUCAAAAAAUUUAAAAAAAAAUAAUAAACUAAAUGUGCAACACAUGUUCUUUUUUCUAGGUUUUAAAUAAAAUUUGAAGAGAAAAAAGGAAAGCAAUUUAGAAAAAUACCAAAAUUGUUUUCUUUUUUUCAAAAAAUAAAAAUAUAGAAAAUUAAAUGUAAUUUGUGUUAAAUACAUGUAUAAAACUAACAAAAAAAAACUUAAAUAAAAAUAAGUUUAAAAUUAUAUUUAAAAUUAAAAAAAAAAAACUAAAUAUUAUUUGUUAUAAUAUUCAAUGUAAAACCACCCAUAAUCAAAUAAUAACAAUAAAAACCACCCACUUUAAAAAAAAAUUGUUUCAUGGAAUAAAACCAUAUACUUGUUCUACUAAAAAGGAUUUGAAAAACACUAUAAAAUUUUUCAUACAAGUACUACAAUUGACCCAUAAAACUGUACCACACACAUGUUUAGUUGAAAUAUGUAACCAAUUAAAAUGGUUAUUAAAAGUUAUUUAGAGAAAAGAGGAAUAAAUAAUAAAUGAACUAAAGGAAUAAAAAAAAAUUAAAAUUGUCAUUAAUAGUUAAAUGAAUAUUAAUUAAUUGUAUUGUAUUAAAAAUAUUAUGCAGAUAAUUUUAAAUAUUAAAAAACAAAAAUUGAAAAAAAAAAAACAACAAAAAAUAAUAAUCUAUAAAUAAAAAAAAUUUAUAAAUGUUUUAAUUGUAUAGUUUAUAACUGCCAAAAGAACUUUUUUUUCAUAAUCUGAACACAGACAGCUUUUUUAGUGAUUCCCCGGUACAUAUCAUUCAAAAUGGUUAAAAUCGGUCUAUUAUUUGGACUAGCCCCCAUACAACCGUAUCCCCCGAACAUGGCUUGUGAGCUCAUAAUUAUGUUAAAUGUUCUAGUAUAUCAAGACAAAUCG